CUUUAACAGUGAAGAAGAUUUCAUACACUCGAUGGGAAAGUAGGGUGGAGAGUGUCGCAGCUAAAAUGCACCAGACAAGAGAAGUCACGGAUGCCCUUCUUGAGGUCCGCACAAAGGAAAGGACUAACACCAGAAGAAAUUGAGUGUCUUCUUCUGCAAUCAUCUGACAAAGAAGAUUACGCAGAUUUCUCUGACAGCGAUGAGGAAGCAGAAACAAUUGAAACUGCAGAUCAUUACAGCGAAUCUGAGCAGUCAUGCGUUGAUGGGAAUGAAGUGAAAGGAAUGCCACAUGAUUACUGCCAUUUUUAUAUUCGUAAGGACCAAGAAACUUUGUGGAUAAAUAAUCCGUUAGCACUACCAGGGAAACCAAAAUGUAAGAAUAUAAUCAAAGUCCUACCUGGCCCGAAACGUACUGGUAGAUAA